AUGGAGCCCAAGUCUUCACUAAACCACAGCAUCCCCUCUGAUUUAAAUGGCCAUUAUCACUGCGGUUAUGGAGGCGCCAUCGUAACCGAGCAUAGCACCAGUCAACAGCAUUAUAGCAAUACUGGCAGAAAAAAAAGUAAAGUUCGUCUCAAUGACCAGCUUAUACCAAAACCAACUGAUAUAAAUAUAGCGGAGAAAUUUAUAAAAAUUGCAACUCCAAAGGAACAUCCUUAUUCAUCCCACAUCUCUCGGUUUGCCAUGUUCCCAUCCUUCCGCUCUCCAGAUGACCCUGAGACAGGAGUCAGAGCUGCCUCCCAACCUUACCUCAGCCCCCUUAACGCAUAUAGUGCACCGGAAGUCACUCUGCGGAGCAAAACUAUUGGUGGUCCAUGUAGACAUGAAAUCUUGGCGACACCAAUAAAAAACAGAAAGAAGGCUGUUAUGUGGAUAAGAGAACACAGCUUCUCAGAUCAGAAAAAGCCAUUGAAGGGAGAGAACCAAGUGUUCUACCCCACUCCUCCCAGGACAGUGCUGCCCAACCCUAAAGUCCGUGACUGGGAUUUCACGUUAUCCGAGCGUACAAGCAACAUGUUGAAAAAUUUGGAGAGGACACACUGGAUCACCUCUUACCAAAUGCACUACACGGGAUCUGGGCCAGCAAAUCCUUUGAAGAUAGAUGACUUCAAGGAAAAAAUGAGUACCCUAACUGGGAUGAAUUCACACACUGCACCACUGAGAGAAAGGUCCUAUCCUGUGUUUGUUCCCUCUAAACCAAAAGAAGGAUGCAGAAGAAGACAGGGAAGCCAUGUGGGCGGGAGCACCUGCAGUCCCAUUAAUGCAGAACUCCUAGAUCCAUCUUCAGCUCCAAAGCAAGGCACUGCCACAGCUACUCUAAACGAACAUAGGCCACAAGAGAUCACAGCCGAGCAUAAUGAAGCCCCAGAUUUAAUACCAAAGGGCCAUAGUCAAUCCAAGAACAGCACUGGCUCCGCAGAAGCACAGAGCGCUGAACUGUCCAAGGAAUUAUCACACCAACAACAAACUGAGUGCAAAAGCUCUGCGUAUGAGGAUAGGGACAGAGGAAACGGCAGAGUCCAGUUCGAUGAGAGUCCUCUGCAAGUAUCCGUGUCACGGAGCAGCCAAGAGGCUAACACUGCCUGGAUCGCAGACACAGAGCGACCCCGGGACCUCUACAACCGACCACUUUCCCAGAGAGAGAUAGAUGUCGACAGAGAGAAAAGCCCGAUUGAGCUCUGUGAUGAACCAAGCAGCAAAAAGCAGUAUUUUCAAUUUCAAAGAAAUUCAUCUAGCCACAGUAAGUCAGCUGUAGCCAAAGACCAGGCAGGUAUUGACUCAUAUACUGAGUUAUCGUCAAGGGCUGCUCCGGCACAGAAGAAACUAGCAGAGGUCAGAGAGCUGUCACAGGGUAUCUCUAACCCCUGCAUCCUGCCGAGGCCUCCCGUCCUCCCUGGUAUUCGCCCACUGGACAGAGCUGGGACUAUGGGUGGAGAAAAUGCAGCUAACAGCCUUCUGGACCUUCAAAAUUCAUUCAGUAAGUCAGAAGCCCAUCACAACUUCACUAGCUCGAUCACACGUGCUGCUGUGAACCCGAGGGACAAUGUAGUCACAGGGAAAAAACACAACUUCUACGGGAUCAACUGCUACUACCUCCAUGGAUAACCUCAUG